AUGAAAAAUCCUUUAUAUAAUGUCGAUGCUAUUGCUAUGGCUGCAUAUAGAGAUCCAGAAUUAGCUCAGAAUAAUAUGCUAGAAAAUAAAUUUGCAAUCAAUACACAUAGAAAAAUAGAAAAUAUUUUUGCCAUUGCCUAUCAUCAUAAACAUGAUUAUCUAGUAUUAUCAGCUCUUGGUUGUGGUGCUUUCAAAACUCCACCUGAACAUAUUGCAUUACUUUUUAAAUCUAUUAUUUAUCAAUAUGCUGGAUUUUUUAAGAACAUUUAUUUUGCGAUUGUUGAUGAUCAUAAUGCAGGAAAACAAUUUAAUCCAGAUGGAAAUUUUCUUCCAUUUAAAAAAAUACUUGAUGAUCUAACUGUUCAACCACCAACAACAAUACGUGUCAAUGGAGUUAGCGGACCAAAUCGUAUUCUCAAUCAAACAGCAGAUGAUAAAUUAACUCUAAGUGACGUAUGUAUUUCAUAUCUUUCAUCAUGUCCACAUGGAUCAAAAUGUCGUGAACUUAAAAAUUCUCAACAUAAUAACAACUUUUUGCAUCCACCAAUGUGUUUAUAUCAAAGUGCAACAUCAUCAUGUGAUCAAAUGAAUGAUGAAGUGCAUAUACUUACAUUUAUACAUAAUAUCAAAUGUAAAUAUGGUGGUCAAUGUAAUGAUACAGAUCCAAACCAUAUCAGUGAAUAUGAUCACCCAGUUUAUUGUGAAAAUAAAGGCAAAUGUCAAAAUAUUCAUGCACAACAUUCAUUGGAUUAUCGACAUUUACAACUUUGCGAGGAUGGACUUGAUUGCUCGAAGUAUUUCAAGAGAGAAGAUGAUCAUUGUAACUUCUAUCGUCAUUGCAAAUCUAUUUGUCUUUAUGAUAAUUGUUGUGUUCAAUUUCAUGAUAAAAAACAUUUUGAAAAUACAAUACAUUCAUUUCGAAUACCAUGCUCAUUUACACCAUAUAAUUGUUCAAUCAAUGUUGAAUAUAUUCAAAAUGGAAAUAUAAGUAAAAUACUACCUGAAGUAGAAAAUCAUUGUCUUAAAUAUUUACUUGUUUGUUCGUCUGGUCGUCAAUGCAAAAAUAAAGAAGAAGGACAUUUUGAAACAUCACUUCAUAUUGCUCGUAAACCUUGUUCUGCUAGUGAUAAAUGUUCACAAUUUACUGACGAAGAACAUUUAGAAUCGUUUUCUCAUCCAAAUAUACGUGAUAUUCGUCUAUUUUGUCGAGAACCACGCUUUGAAUGUUGA